AUGUUAACUGAAAACAAAAUAGACUGGAUGACGUGGCUGAAGAAGAAUUUACUCCUGGUAAUGACUGUAGGGUCAGUUGUUCUGGGAGCAAUUCUAGGAUUUGUCAUUCGUCCAUUGCAACUUUCUCCUCAGUCUGUUAUGCUUGUAGCAUUUCCUGGAGAGUUGCUGAUGCACAUGCUUAAAAUGAUGAUUCUUCCUUUAAUCGUUUCUUCUCUGAUCUCAGGUUUAUCACAGCUGGAUGCCAAGCAAUCUGGUAAAAUGGGAUCUCUGGCCAUCACAUAUUAUGUUUUCACUACUGGCAUUGCAGUAAUUACGGGUAUCAUUCUCGUUCUCACCAUUCAUCCCGGUAACCCAAACAUCAAAUCUGAUUUGGGUGAAGGAACUGAAGGACGUAAUGUAAGCACCGUUGAUACUCUUUUGGAUUUAGUUAGAAAUAUGUUCCCGGAAAACAUUGUUCAAGCAACCUUCCAACAAGUUGCCACCAAAUACGUAAACGUCCGUCCGAAGAUUCUCAAAAAUGACAGCGCAGUAAUGUUGGAAAUGCUGAACAACGGAAGUUUAGACUAUAAGAAAGUUUCCGUUGUAUACACCGAUGGAAUGAACGUUCUUGGAAUAAUCGUUUUCUGCAUUGCUGUUGGAAUCUCACUCUCGCAAUUGGGUAAUGAAGGUCAUGUAAUGAUCCAAUUCUUUGUUAUCAUGGAUAAAGUGAUUAUGAGAUUAGUGAUGACAGUUAUGUGGUACUCACCUCUGGGUAUCAUGUGCUUGAUCAUGGGUAAAAUUCUUGAGAUUCAUGAUUUAGCUGACACAGCUCGCAUGUUAGCGAUGUAUAUGGUCACUGUUAUCUCUGGAUUAGUUCUUCAUUCUCUUGUCUCUCUUCCUCUCAUCUUCUUCGUGUCUACAAAGAAGAACCCUUACACUUUCAUGCGAGGACUUUUACAAGCUUGGAUAACUGCCUUGGGAACUGCUUCUAGCUCUGCCACUUUGCCAAUGACCUAUAGCUGCUUAGAAGAGAACUUAGGAGUUGAUAGAAGAGUAACUCGAUUUGUUCUCCCUGUUGGAGCUACAAUUAAUAUGGACGGAACUGCUCUGUAUGAAGCUGUCGCCGCCAUCUUCAUUGCCCAAAUGAACGGGAUUGAACUCUCAUUCGGCCAGGUUAUCACCGUCAGUUUGACUGCUACACUUGCUUCUAUUGGAGCGGCUUCCGUACCUUCCGCUGGUCUGGUAACAAUGCUCCUGGUAUUGACAGCUGUUGGUUUGCCAGUAAAAGAUGUAUCUCUAAUUGUCGCAGUUGACUGGCUUUUGGAUCGAAUCCGUACUUCCAUCAAUGUUCUCGGUGAUGCUUUCGGUGCUGGUAUCGUUGAUCAUUAUGUUAAAGCAGAUUUGAAAGAACAUGAUAUGUUGCUCCAGAAAGUACAUAGCCCAGAAGAUGAUCACCAUCCAAACCGUGGAGCCUUCACUAGCGUACCUCAGCAAGACUGA